AUGGCACUGAUGCAUCCACGGGGCUUAAAAGAGCUGAUCUGUGUCAGCGGCCUUCUCUCACUCAUCCUGCUCUGGGGCCUGCUGGUCAUGACAGCUGAUGUCCAGAAGAGAUGGCAGCUUUCCAGUCGCUUCCCCUUCUUCCAAGGGAAGCUGCCCAGAAGGUCUCGCUUUGGGGCCAUCGAAUCUGCCCAGAGGGGCGUGGACUUCCCAUCUCUGUUCAUCAGCUCUCACACAGAUCCUCACUGUGAGCCUGAGCAGCUGCUCCUGAUCCUCGUAACUUCAGCCCCAGGGAAUUCAGAGCCCAGGCAAGUGAUCAGGAGAACCUGGGCUGCCCACGAGGGACAGACAGCAAACCAAUGGCAGUCCGUGUUCUUAGUCGGCCAGUCUGCAGACGUUGAGGUAGCCCAGGGCAUCCAGAGAGAGCAGCAGGAGUUUGGGGACGUCCUGAUUGGGAAUUAUCAGGACACCUAUCGGAACCUCACCCUGAAGGUCAUGCAUGGGUUUAAGUGGGUGGCCGAGCGGUGCCGGCCCAGCUACAUUCUAAAGACGGAUGACGACUGCUUCGUCAACACAGACCGGCUGCCGGAGUUCCUGCUGGAGCACAACACUAUUAAGACGGGCCUGUAUGCAGGAUCCCUCUUCUCCCGGGAGAAGCGGCAGGUCAUCAGAGAGCCUUCCAGCAAAUGGUACGUCUCCAGGCAAGACUACCACCCAGACGAAUACCCGCCAUACGCCAGCGGCAUCGGCUACAUCCUGUCUCUGGAUGCCGUUGAGCGGAUCCUGUGGGCAGCAGAACAUGUCCACCCCAUCCCGGUGGAAGAUGCUUAUGUGGGCAUCUUGGCUGAGAAGGCUGGGAUCCGGGUGAAAUCCAGUGCGCGCUUUGCCAAGCACAACGUGAGGUGGCGGGUGUGUAACUACCGCUACCUGAUGGUGAUUCAUCACCUGAGCCCACAGGAGCAGGAGGUGGCCAAGGGGAACAUGCUGCAGGCUCGGAGUGCCUGCCAUGACAGCCUGGAGGUCACCAGGUGGAAGUGA